GGAUUAAGUGACGAAGAAAUAGGAAAUUUGAUGCUAUUGGCCAACGUAGCUGCUAAAAUACAUGCAGAUGAAUUGAAUAGUCAAAAUUUAACAGUGAGAAUGAACUCGACAGUCAAAGAAGAGGACGUUAAACGAAGAAGUAUGGAAAAAUUCAUAGGGAAGAAAUCGAAAAGGAAGAAAUUGCAAUGUGGUGUAUGUGGAAAGGUUAUGACAAAUAUGAAAUUGCAUAAAAUGAUGCAUACCGGUGAGAAGUUGUACAAUUGUCCGAUAUGCGGGAAAAGUUUCUCUCGAUUAGAUAUCAAGGAAGUUCAUAUGAUAACUCACACUAAUGUGAAGCUGUACACUUGUCCGAUGUGCAAUAAAAGUUUCAGACAAAAACAACAUUUGAAAAACCACAUGGCAACUCACAACAAAAAUAGACCGCUCUUCUACUGUAUUGCCUGCGGUAAAGGUCUCCUAGAUUAUCGGUAUUUGAAAUUACAUAAGAAGAAUCAUGAAAGAAGCUGA